AUGCAAACAAUCAGGAUAUUGCCGAAUAUUCGGGCGCUUCUCAGGGAGGGGAAGGAAGAGGAGGCAAUUGAGGUGAUGAAUGCACAUGUUGAUGUGAUUGCGCCGUAUGUUCGAGACGAUCUGAAGUACAUUAAGUCCCGGGAUGCAAAGACCAGCUUGUGCUUGAGCAAGAUAUAUUUUGUGCUUGAGGAUUAUGAGCGAUCGAUUGAGUAUGCAUUGCAAGCAGGAGAUGGAUUGGUUGAUGACGGAUCGUUCUAUUACAAGUCUAUAGUGUAUAGAAUGAUGGAGUUGGUUGAGAAGUAUGGGGAUCUUAAGGUUAGGGAUGCUGUUCUGAGAAUAGUUGGAAAGGAAGACGCUGACGAGUCGCUGCUGGGGUAUUUGUUUUGCAUAAAGGCAUAUGAGAUGUUUAAGGAGGUGCUUGAGAAGUAUUUAUGCGGUGUAAAUGACUGCCGAGACGUGCUGGAUCUUCUUGUGUCUGUUGCAGAGGAGAAUGGGAGUAUUCGCGAGCUGUAUGAGGCGAUAGUGGCGAUUGGGAUUGAGAUGAAGCCGUUUAUUUUCUAUGUUGUUGAUGGAUGUUUCUAUCUUGAGAAGAUAGAUAAGGUAAAGGAGAUGAUUGAGAGGCUUGCUGAGUCUGAUAUUUUGCUGUGCUAUGAGGUUGCUUUUUAUGUCGAGGACAAUUACAGGCCUGAUAUUGAAGUGCAGAAUGCAAAUGUGAUGAAGAUUCUUAGUGGGGAGUUUAUGAGCAAGAUUAUGUGUUCAUUUCUUCUUGAGAAGAACUUGACGAGCUUUAAGUUUCUUGAGUCGAUAGCAAAGACGAGAACACAUUAUCUUGGACAGGUGAAUUCGUUGAUGAAUCUUGGGACAUCGAAUGAUACGUUUUAUAGGAGUAACACGGACAUAUUUGGCCAGUCGAAGGAGUGGGCCAGGUUCAUUGAGGUUUCGAGCAUUGGGAUGAUUCAUGCGCUGAACUCGAAUCCGUAUGAGAUUCUGAAGAAUUACUUGCCGAAUGAGGUGAGCCAGAAGGAAGGAGGUGCGUUGAUGGCGCUGGGGAUUAUGAAGGCAGGCACGUUCAGUGAGGAGGACACUGAGUACCUGAUGUAUUUUCUAGAUAUGGAAGAGAGUCUGACGCCUGAGCUUGCGCAUGGUGUUUGUCUGGGGUUGGGGCUGAUAAACAUGGGGUCUGUUAAUGCAGACAUACUGGAUAGGCUACGAGGGCUGCUGAAAGUUGACAAGACGUUGCUGGUGGAGGCUUCUGUGUAUGGGAUUGGAUUGGUUGGGCUGAACUCUUGGAAUGUUGAGCUUGUGGACGACUUGAUUGCGAUUGGAAGAGAAACGGAGUUUGAACGUGUGAAGAGAGCGAUUGGAGUGGCUAUUUCACUGACGAUGAUGUUUAGUGAGGAGAUGUUCUAUGACGAAAAUGCAUUCGAGGGAGCAGAAGGAAUGAAGAGCUAUAUAAAUGAUCUUAUGGCAGAUAAGGAUGCUGUUAUGAAGAGUAACGGGCUUCUUUCUCUUGGGUCGUCGUAUGUGGGGACAGGAAGGCUUGGAGUGAUUGCAACGGUUUUGCCGUAUGUGAAUGAUGGGGACGAUGAUGUCAAGAGAGCGGCAGUGAUUGCGAUUGGACUCAUAUGCUGUGAUGAUCGGGAUCUUCUUGUGAGCACACUAGAGCCGCUUUCUGAGAAUCACAAUUUUUUUGUCAGGGCAACCACCGCUGUGGUUCUUGGGCUGUUUCAGGCAGGCACUGGGGACAAAACAUGUUCUGACAUACUUGAAGCGCUAAUGUAUGACAGCAACAACUUAGUAAGACAGUCUGCAUGCAUUGGGGCAGGCUUUGUUUUGAUGCAAUGCAAUCCGUCUCUUGUACCGAACUACAAGCGUAUUAUUGAGCGACUGAAUAAGCUUGUGGUUGACAAGAAGGAGGAUGGGGCCGUGGAGUUUGGAGCAGUGUUUGGAAGAGGAGUAAGCGAGGCAGGAGGAAGAAACAUUAUUUUUUCUGUAAGGAAUGCAUCUGGGGUUCUUUCUGCAGAUAGAAUAGCGGGAGCUAUUAUGUUUCUGCAUUACUGGUACUGGUAUCCACUUGUAAACAUGAUUUCGCUGUGUUUUCUUCCCACUGCAGUGUUUUGCUUCAACGAGGAUCUUGAGGAGGAAGAUCUUGAGAUCAGAACGUCUGAAUGUUAUGAUAACCUUCUCAUACGUCUUCCGGAUGUCAAGAAGGCAAGAAGAUUCCGGCAGAAGCCUAUGGAAGACAAGGAGGUGGUUACUGAAUCGCCUUCGGUCUUGAAAUCUGGAAGCAGAUGCACGAUGAAGCAGAGGGAGGAAUGUGGACUUGAUGCGCCAGCCAUUCUGUUUGUGAAGAAGAAAUAA